GACACCUUGUCUCACCCUAUUUGAAGUGAAAAGUCACUCUGUUCAGCGUUAUCGCCAGACCACCAAGGCGACAUCAGGAAUGCAUCUGGUAACUGUCGCAACGUGCCAGCUUCAUCAAUGGUCACUCGACUUCACAGGCAACUGUGACCGUAUACUACGAUCCAUAGCAAUCGCAAAGUCUCGAGGUGCUACAAUCCGAGUCGGUCCCGAGCUUGAGAUACCCGGAUAUGGAUGUCUUGAUCAUUUUCUCGAAGGUGAUACCGUCCUACACUCUUGGGAAGUCCUAGCUAGAAUCCUCCAAUCGGAAGAGGCUAAAGGUAUCGUAUGUGAUAUCGGAAUGCCAGUGAUGCACAAGAAUACUACCUACAAUUGUCGAGUGGCCAUAUAUGAUGGAAAGAUCCUCCUUAUAAGACCUAAAAUGUGGAUGGCCAAUGAUGGUAAUUACAGGGAGUUACGCCAUUUUACACCUUGGCACAAACAUAGACAAACGGAGCAACAUUCAUUGCCUCGAAUGAUACGUGUUGUUACCGGUCAGACCACAGUACCAUUCGGAGACGCGGUCAUCGCCACAGAAGACACUGUCAUUGGGGUUGAGCUAUGUGAAGAGCUCUUUACGCCUGCCUCACCCCAUAUACUUAUGGGUCUUGACGGAGUAGAAAUAUUCACCAAUUCUUCAGCGAGUCAUCAUGAACUUCGAAAGUUGAACAGGAGGAUUGAUUUGAUCAGGGAAGCCACUCAAAAACUUGGCGGCAUUUAUCUGUAUGCCAAUCAACAAGGCUGUGAUGGAGAUCGUUUAUUUUACGACGGAGCUUGUCUCAUCGCUCUCAACGGGCAAAUCCUUGCUCAAGGCUCUCAAUUCUCCCUACGUGACGUGGAGGUAGUCACCGCCACGGUGGACCUGGAGGCUGUGAGGGCGCAUCGCACAGUCAGCAGUAGGAGGAUGCAGGCUGCUCAAGCCGAGGCGUAUGAACGGGUAACAGUAGGUACGCGUCUCGAUGGAGGAGUAAGUAUCAAGCUGGGUGAGGAAGAAACCAAGAGACAAGAUGUACGGUAUCAUACCCCAGAGGAGGAGAUUGCCUUAGGACCCGCAUGCUGGUUAUGGGACUAUCUACGUCGCUCUCGUACCCAGGGAUACUUUCUGCCUCUGUCUGGAGGUAUAGAUUCUUGCGCCACAGCGGUCAUCGUUCAUUCCAUGUGUCGUCUCGUGGCUGCUGCGGCAGACGACGGCGAUGAACAAGUCAUUUCUGACGCCCGACGUAUGACGGGCGAGCCGGAACAUUCAACUUAUCUUCCUACUGACCCUCGCGAGUUUGCAAAUAGGAUCUUUCAUACUUGCUACAUGGGUACAGAGAACUCUAGUCCGGAAACAAGAAAAAGAGCGAAAGAUCUAGCAGAGGCAAUAGGAUCCUAUCAUGUGGAUCUUAACAUGGAUACAGCAGUAUCGGCCGUCAAGGGUAUAUUCAGCUUCGUAACUGGAAAAUCCCCCCAAUUCAAAGCUCACGGCGGGUCGUCCGCAGAGAACCUCGCAUUACAAAAUAUUCAGGCUCGACUGCGUAUGGUAGUUGGUUAUAUGUUUGCCCAAUUACUUCCGUGGGCUAGGGGCAAGUCAGGUGGAUUGCUCGUUUUGGGAAGUGCAAAUGUCGAUGAGAGUUUGAGAGGGUAUUUGACAAAAUACGAUUGUAGCAGUGCAGAUAUCAACCCUAUAGGAGGCAUCAGCAAGACGGAUCUGAAGAAAUUCAUUGCAUAUGCUGAGAAAGCUUAUGAUAUGCCUAUCCUCCAGUCUUUCUUGGACGCCAUCCCAUCAGCGGAACUCAUACCCAUCGGGGCAGAUAAUGCCGUUCAAUCAGACGAAGUAGAGAUGGGUAUGACAUACGAUGAACUCAGUGUAUUUGGAAGGCUGAGAAAGGUUGAAAAAUGUGGACCUUAUAGCAUGUUCGGCAAAUUAGUUCAAGAAUGGGGUUCUUUUUUAUCUCCUACAGAGAUCGCAGAAAAAGUCAAACAUUUCUUCUUUACCCACGCUAUCAACCGUCAUAAAAUGACAACAUUGACUCCUUCUGUUCAUAUGGAAUCAUAUAGUCCAGAUGAUAAUCGAUUCGAUUUGAGACCUUUCUUAUAUCCAUCACGAUUCGACCAUCAAUUCGCUAAGAUUGACGCUUUGGCAGAGACGUUGCCUAAUCGGGCUACUCAACCUGGGGCAGAUAAAGCCAAAGUGGAUUGAUCCCCACCUUGUUUCAGUGAAGGGAUUCUCCAAAGUGCGUCGAUGUCAUAGGAUGGAAUGUGGGUUGGGUGAAAAUCGGAAAGAAGUCUAAAGUACAUGCAUGCUUACAACAU